AUGCCUAUGUUUGUCAUCAUUGUACUUUUUUUUAUAUAUCAUAUUGUAUGUAUUUUUCUACCAACAGAGGAACGUGUGAACAAACUCAGAGAGAGAGAGAGAGAGCAAAGUGAACGCCGCAUGAAUGUGAAGGGAACAGAGAAAAAAAAAGUCCUACCAGAGUGUGUUUUUUUUCCCCCACUUUUGUUUUUGGUUUUUGUUUUUACUCAAAGAAAGACAGUUUACUCUCCUCCAAUGAGAACAGACAGCCCGGCUCAUCGUUUUCAGGGCAGUUGUCUGGGGGGGGGGGGAUAUGAUUGUGUGAUAAAAAAAAAUGGCUGA